AUGCCGUCGCAAGACAGAGAGUCCAGAGCGGCCUCCUUCUCGAGUCGAGACGCCUACGACAUUCCUCCGCACGACUGCUCAAAGACUGAUGAUACUCAACCAUCAACUCUCUCGAAAACAUGGCGCUACCUUUGCGAGGAUGUGCGCCCCUCCGGCCUCGCCGAGCUCGAACUUUGCCUCCUCACCUUCUGCGUCGGCCUUCAAGACGCCGUCUCCUUCCCCGAUUUUCACUGCUUCGCCUCCAACCAAACAGGCAACACCGUCUUUCUGGUCCUCGCCAUCGUCAUCCCGGAAGCCAACGGCGACAUGUUCGUCACGGCCAACAUUGGCAUCGCCCUCGGCUUCUUCGUCGCCGCCGCCUGGCUGACGGGCCAGCUCGGCCACAUCAUCGGCGCCCGUCGCCGCGGCUGGCUGCUCCUUUGCAAUUUCGUCCAGACCUGCCUCGUCUUCGCGGCCGCCGCCCUGCAGUACGCCUACCGGUCACCCACCACCGGCCAACUUGCGCUCGACGGCGCCCAGGCCCCGAGCACCCUGUGGGCCAUCGGCCUGCUGGCAACCGCGGCGGGCAGCCAGGUGGUGCAGUCGCGGUCGCUGCGAAUGACCGAGAUCUCGACGGCCAUGGCGACGGCCGCUUGGGUGGACCUGAUGAUUGAUCCGGAUCUGUUCGCGCUGAGGAACCGGUCGAGGAACCGCCGGGUCGGAUUCCUGGGCUCGCUGGUGCUGGGUACGCUGGCGGGCGCGUUCAUAUUUAGGCGGCUUGGGUCGCCGGCCGCGUUGGUGGUCUCGGCGGCUGGCAAGGUCUUGGUGACGGUCAUGUUCUUGUUUAAUGGCGCGGAUACAACCAAGGUGGAGACUCCUGGGGAUUCUGUUUGA